AUGGACACCAUUGAGGAUGACAUCCAGGACAGCAUCGAGCAAGACAUCGAGGUCGACACAGGGAGCGAGAUCGAGUACGACAUCGAGUACGACAUCGAGUACGACAUCGAGGACGACAUCGAGGACGACAUUGAGGACAAAGCCACGAUCGUGGUCAAUCCCUUUGGACCCUGGGGAGUGCAUUUCGGUGAUUUCGGGUCCAGCUGUAUAACGGCGCGUUUUGUGUGGUUGCAUCUCCCGCCGGAACUACGACAGGCUGUCAGAAAGAUGGAGUUCUGCAUUGAGCUGAAGACAUACACUUGCGCGGACGGGUGCGACAAACCAGAAAGCCAAUCAACUAUCGAAGCAAACAACACGCUCUUCACCAAGGCUCUGUGGGGUCUUUUCUCGAUACUCGCCAAAUGGGACAUCGUGUUCGAUCAACCGGGUCUGGCGCUGGAAAUUGUGCCCAAGUCCACCAGCGACCGAUGCCAUGGAUUCACAGCGUUGGGAAAUAUCAAUGUUGGAACGAAUCGCGACCACUUGCAGCUCUCGGUUGCGGGAAGCACCAAACGUGUGCUGCUCAACCCGCUGGAUCUUACUCUUGAUCGGGGCGCCGAACUCCCCGAAGUCCCCAUCAUCGAAGAACUCCGAUUCCCCUGGGACUCUUUCAGGAGCUCGUCAACAGAAAGUCUCGAAAGUCUUCUCAAGUCUCUGCCUCGGUUGCAGGUCAUCCAGUACGGCGCCCUUCAGGGUGUUAAUCAACAUGAGCAGGAGCGUCGCGAUCUUACGUUGUUAGCCAUACUCAGAAGCAGUGGAUCAUCCAUCAGAACGGUUCACAUCCAUGAGCAAUGCGCGACCGAGGACGCCAGACGCCAUAGACAAGGUUCUCCCCCGCCCGAAUUUCAGAGGCAAGGAUGCAACCCGCAACUGGUUUCAGCCGCAGUAGAAGCUAGCUACGGUCUCGAGCGCUUUUACCUUAGGCAGGCUCUGAAUGUCGGUGCGGGAAGCUUCUUUCAACACAUAGAGGCCGCAGGUUCGCACCAGUUUUGGCCGGUUCUGGAACACCUUGAGCUUUGUACCAACUCCGGCAAGGACGUCAAUCAUUUGGGGCUGGCUGCGGCGAAGGCAGUUCUACGCAUGCCUAAGAUACGAACUCUUGCCAUUGUGUAUGGCGAGAGCACCAGGCUGGUUCUGUUGUAUUAUUCCCGAAAGAAGGACUCUACCAGACUCAUAGUAGAAACCGAACGGCGGGAAAGGUUGAAUUCUGGUGUGGUGAAGGCCUGGGAAAGGGUUGUGGAGCAACGUGAUGCACCCAAACUUGAAAUAUGGUACAAGUCCUGGCCUUGGGAGCUGUUCUAUGACUUGGAACAGAUGCGCGGCAGCUAUGGUUAA